GUUUCCCUUCCUUUCGGCUUGGCUGCUGUAUGUUCAAGUCUCAAGUCUUCUUUCUUCUUCUACAUCUUAUUUUUUCAUCUGAAUUCUUUCCAUGCUGACUAUCUGAACCCACAAAUUCUCUAGACAGUCGUUCUUUCACCAUGGCAGAUAAAAGUCGCACGCCAAUGAGAAGAAAAGAAAAAAAAGAAAAAAAAGAAAAAGAGACCACUGAAAAGUCAAAGGAUGUAAAGGAUGUGAAGAAAGAAGCCGAGCAAGGAGCUCCGGCAGUGGGGAAGGGAGCUGAAGAAGGAGCCCCCAAUGGAGCAGCAGCAACCGACCAGAAUGGAGAGUUUCAGGUGGAGGCAAUGGAACUACCUCCAUUUGAAAUCAUCCAAGGGGACCGGAUUGAUCCUUUUGCCUUUAAGUUCCAGUUCAAGAACGUGGAGUACUCCUCAGGUCGCAACAAGACCUACCUGUGCUACCUGGUGGAUUGUGGGACGUCUGAUGAUGGGCUGCUGCGGGGAUAUCUGGAGGACGAGCACUCCGGCUCUCAUGCUGAAGAGGCCUUCUUCCCACAAUGCCUGCCUCACUACGACCCUGCACUCAAAUACACAAUCACCUGGUAUGUGUCUUCAAGUCCAUGCUCUGCUUGUGCAGCAAAGAUAGCUGAAGUGCUGAAGGCCAGGACCAACGUGAAGCUGAGCAUCUUUUCUGCUCGGCUCUUUGAGUGGGAGGAGCCAGAGAUCCAGGACGGGCUGAAGGCGCUGCAUGCUGCUGGCUGUAAGCUGCGGGUGAUGAAGCCUCUGGACUUCUCCUACGCCUGGGAGACAUUUGUGGAGAACGAGGAUCAGCCCCUGAACCUGUGGGAGGACUGCAAAGAAAACUAUGAGUACUACCAUGAGAAGCUGGCUGACAUUAUACAGUGACCACAGUAAAUGUUCAAAGAAAAUUCUCAUUAACAAGGAAUCCGGUCGUGAAUUUGUGCACCCCCGAUCAUUUUCAUACUUUACAUCUGAUUCAUGUUGAUGUCAUUAUUGUUGUUAUUUAUAGUAUGUGAGAGUAGAAUAGCUAUGUUUCUGUUAAUGUGACGACUUUGCUUUAGUAUGUUAUAUAAGUAUAAGUAUAAUACUAAACCCCCCCACCCCACAUAUGACAGCAAUCCAUACACCUGGCCUCCACUCUGACUAUCCUGAAUGCAGCAAGUCCAACAUCCUGAGGACAAGAAAGACAGCUGUCAGUGUGUGACUGUUUGUCCUAUAUCGGGACGUAGAUCUGACAAUAAUAAUAUUUGUGUAUUCAAUUCAUUUCAAGUGUUCAUUCUUCUUGUUCUAUCGGUGGACGUAGUACUCCAAUAUUUUGCUUGGAUAAAAACAGCUGUACCCCCUGUAGAAAAACGUAAUUACAGGUAAAAUUCCUGCAUUUUAAUUGUACUUAUAUGUAUUUUUUACAACAGUAUUAGAAUCAAAAUGUACUUUAAUAUUAUUUUUAAAUUGGAUUAUGAAUAUCGAUGCAUUAAAGAUAGGGUGGGUAAUCUGAUCCCAAAACAUUUUUGCUAUAUUGAAAGCAAUAAAUAAAUCAAGGGCACUGUCAAAUAAUAAAAUCCAAUAUCUGUCUGUG